AUGUGUUUAGAUAAUGUUGAGCCAACCUGUCGUACGGGUCGAACUGUACUUCUGAUACUUCUUGCGUGUCUUUUAACAAUUGUAUUACUCUUCACACUGCUAAUUGUCUAUACUCGAUUAAAUCAUCGUCAUAUAUCAUCGAAUCCAUCCGAUUUUUCUGAAAAUGCAAACAAUCGCUUUAACAAUCUCCUUCACGCAAUCGGUUUGAACAAAUGCGGUCGAUUUAACUUCUUUUCAAUUUCGAAUAACAAUUCUUCAUUGGGACAAUAUCGUCAACCAGAUGCAUCAAACGCGCAUUUAAGUGAAAAUCCCGAUGAAGCUUUGUUAUUUGAUGAUCCCUAUGCUGACGAUGACUUUCAGAGCUCAGCAAGCAAUCCAUGUCGUUCAUUAACAUUAGCGGUUACCUAA